GCCCGCCUCACCUUCCUAUCUGACACAUGAGAAAUCUGGGACUCUCCCUCAGUCCCUUGCAGAAUUUUACAGGACAAGUUAAAACCAGAAAGGAUGAACGGGAAACAAGUCCUAUUUCUUAGCUGUGCUGCAGCAGUUGUGUUACUGGCAGUUUUACAUGAAGGUGAAAGUGCUGCAGUUAGAAGCAAAGAUGAUCCUGCUCCAGACCAGAAAGAAAGUUUGAAAAGUAAGAUUUUUAUGCAAGGAUCGGAGGCUUCCAAUUUUUUCAAGAAGCGUGGCAAGAGAUCAACCAAGUCUCAAGAUGAAAUAAAUGCUGAGAAUCGUCAAAGACUGUCAGCAGAUGAGCGUAGAAGAGAGUACUACGAAGAGCAAAGAAAUGAAUUUGAGAACUAUGUAGAGGAAGAGCAAGAUGAGCAAGAAGAGCGGAGCCGCGAGCAGAUCGAGCAGUGGCGCCAGUGGCAUUACGACGGCCUUUCUCCUUCUUACCUCUAUCAGAGACAGAACAUUUAACUUCCAUCCAACUAAAACAUUUUUUAACAUUUUUUUUUAAUCCUGCCAAAAUCUGUCAUCCAACAAUCACCGGAUACCAAGUGGACCAUGGAUGGCUCCGUGUUCUAUUAUAGUUAACAAGUUCUUAUGCUUUACUGUAUUUCAUUCAGGGUCAGUAAAUGAUAAAGAACAUGAUUUUAUGAUUAUGUUAGAAAAAUGGUCUUUUUUUUCCUUUAAAUAAUAUUUGCUUUUGCAGUAGAGUAUAAAAUCUUUAUUUAGAAAUAUCCAGCACUCUCUUGACUAUUGCUGGUUUCUCUGAAAUAUCACAUUCAUUUGUUAUUGUCUUUCUUAACAGGUAAAUUGUUUUUCUUGUCAUAUUAAAUUUUGCACUGUAUGUGUAAAUUUAUGACUGAA